GUCCAUGCUCGUAAGAAGCCAAUGGCUGAGGAUGUGGACUACAUGGCUGUUGCCAGCAUGACUGAUGGAAUGGUUGGUGCUGAGCUGGCCAACAUAAUUGAGGUUGCUGCUAUCAAUAUGAUGCGUGAUGGAAGAACUGAGAUUACCACUGAUGACUUAUUACAAGCCGCACAAAUAGAAGAAAGAGGAAUGCUUGAUCGAAAGGAGAGGAGCCCUGAGAUGUGGAAGCAAGUUGCUAUUAAUGAAGCAGCAAUGGCUGUAGUGGCCGUGAACUUCCCUGAUCUAAGGAAUAUUGAGUUUGUCACUAUCGCACCUAGAGCUGGCAGAGAAUUGGGCUAUGUCCGGAUGAAGAUGGAUCACACCAAAUUUAAGGAAGGAAUGUUGAGUCGGCAAUCCCUCUUGGAUCAUAUCACUGUUCAACUAGCACCGCGUGCGGCUGAUGAGAUAUGGUACGGUGAGGGCCAGUUGAGUACGAUGUGGGCAGAAACGGCAGACAAUGCUAGGUCAGCUGCACGGGCUUUUGUUCUUGGUGGCCUUUCCGAGAAACAUUACGGUUUGAAUAACUUCUGGGUUGCGGAUCGAAUAAAUGAGAUUGAUUUGGAGGCUUUGCGAAUCCUAAAUAUGUGUUAUGCACGCACAAAAGAGAUCUUGCUGCAAAACCGAAAACUCAUGGAUUCUGUUGUUGAUGCGCUUGUUAAGAAAAAAAGUCUGAGCAAGCAAGAAUUCUUUAACCUAGUUGAGUUGCAUGGUUCCCUUAAACCAAUUCCACCCAGCAUAGUUGAUAUUAGGGUUGAUAAGCGUUUGCAGUUCCAAAAAAUGAUGAAGAACCAGAACAAAGCAGCUCUUACAGAGUCCGUGUGA